AAUCAUCGCCAGUAGCCGAGUCAAUUAAGGCCAAAGACUCGAGCGGUGAGCAGGCGCUAUCCAAGCUAUCAGAGUGUGAAUUAUAGUAACUGACAAACCAACAAGUAAUGUUUUUGCCAAAUGCAAUUAAGUGAUUUGCAAAGGCAAAUUUAAAACUCACCAGUGAAACAAAAGCAAAACUAAUUAUAUCAAAAUCUCGAAACGAUCAAUGGAUUAUAGACGGCUCUAGCCAAAGUUUAGCUAGUGGUUUUUGUGAGUAGUGAUUGUGUCUUGAGGAUAAAGAUCUAGACGAUGGAGCACGACAGCUUCGAUGAUCCCAUUUUCGGGGAGUUUGGCGGCGGUCCACUGAACCCGUUGGGCGCCAAACCGCUAAUGCCCACCUCAACGGCCAUGCAUCCCGUGAUGCUGGGCAGUGUCCACGAGUUGUGCAGCCAGCAGCAGCAACAACGACUGCCCGACUGCAACACCAUCCUGCCGAACGGAGGAGGAGGAGGUGGAGGAGGGGGAGGAUCAGGACCCGGAGGAUCUCCCAACUAUGUGACCAAACUGGAUUUUGUGAACAAGAUUGGCUGCUAUUCGCCCAGUCAAAAGUACGAGUAUAUUAGUGCCCCUCAAAAGCUGGUUGAGCAGCAGCAGCAGCAGCACCACCACCAGCACCAUCAGCACUACACGGCCACGCCCCCGCCCAGCCACAAUGGCAUCCUGCUGCACAAGCAGUCUGCCCAGCAACAGCAACAACAGCUGGUGGGCAUCCUCGACUAUCAUCCGCUCAAUGGCAAACUGGACUACUCCUCCUCGCCCAAGGACCAGUACGAGCCGCAGCAACAGCAACUGCAGCAUCUGUACGGCGGCAGUCCGCAUCAUUUGGAUCAUCUGGAUCAUGGCAGCGAUGGCCUGCUCCAGGACUCCUCGCCGGUGAUGAUCAACGGAGGAUCCGCGACGGGCAAGCUCAAGAAAAACUCACUCGAUGAGAUGUGCCCACAAAUGGAGGCAGGUGGACCAGGAGUCACGCCACCAACUUGUUCCUCGGCGGUGGGUAAUGGGGUGGCAGGAACAACCAACGGUACCGCCAACUCCACUUCCACUGCCGCCGCCGGCGGCCAGGGGGCGGCGGUCACAGCGGGAGGCGUGGCAGCUCCUGCUCCGAAAAAGGAUAGCAACAGCAGCAAGAAGAAGGGAGAUCCCAACGGCAUCAAGAAGAAGAAAACGAGAACCACCUUUACGGCUUACCAGUUGGAAGAGUUGGAGCGCGCUUUCGAGCGAGCUCCGUAUCCGGAUGUCUUCGCCCGCGAGGAGCUGGCCAUCAAGCUGAAUCUGAGCGAGUCCCGAGUACAAGUGUGGUUCCAGAACCGACGGGCCAAGUGGCGCAAGCACGAACCACCCCGCAAGACGGGCUACAUCAAGACGAGCACGCCGCCGACGGCUACGCUCAAUCCCGGAACUCUAGCCCCCCCGUUCACCAGCUAUCCGCAGACGACGACGGUUACGCCGCCGGGCAGCAUGGACAGCUGGACCAGCUACCAGACGCCCUACGAGCUGACGCCCCAGUUCAGCCUGCUCUCGCCGGCGGCUAGUCCGUAUGGCACCUAUUCCGGCCAAUACGGAGCCUAUGUCCACGAAAGCCAGCUGUUCCCGAUGCGGCACUACGAGUACGGCAGUCCGACGCGCAUGGAAAUGGGCGCCACUUCCGGUUCGGUGGCCGGAAACGGAGAGGAGGCGGUCGCCAAUGGCGGAAGCUAUCAGCCGGCGGAGCUGCAGGCCGCCCAGCAGCAGCAACAUCUGCCCGACGGCACUCUGGUCACCGUCCAUGCCCACCAGCAGCAACAGCAGCAACAGCAGGCACAGCAGCAACAGCAACUCAACGGCAAGUACCUGAGCGCCGAUGAGGCCAAGUAUGUGCAUCUCCAGUGCCAUCAAAGUGGCGCCGGCUUGGAGCUGAGUCCUGGCGCCAGCUGCCACCUUGUGGAGGCCCAGGGUCAGCACUACGUGACCACAGCGGCGGGAGGAGCUGUAUCCGGGGGGACCAGCAGCGAUGACAACGACAGCGGCGGCAUGCAGACUGUGAUCAAAAGCGAGGAGGCCGCCCAGCAGCAGCAGCAGCAGGCACAGAGCUACGUCCUGCCGCCUUUUUUGCACUAAGGGAAAUGCUCACACACCGGCGACAGCAGCAACAUCAGCGGCGCUGGGCCACGCCCCCAAGCCUGUCGAGCGUCCGCUUUCGGCGGCCAUACUAAAAGGGGCGUAGGGUGUGCAGCAUUUCAACGUGUGUGUUUCCCCUCGACUGAAAGUGGGUCUCCAGAAAUGCAGUUACCAAAAGCCAAAGCCUAAGAAUUAGUAAUAUUUUACAUCACACCAGCAGUUUACUUAAGUGUAGAUUAAAUCUCAAUGAAUGAUCAUGAGAUUUUGAACCCAACUGCUUUUCAAAUUAGUCAAUUAUUAAUCAAUGCUUUGGAAAACAUUAUUUAAUUCAGUUAACACUCUACCAGCAAAGAGUUUUUCUGGCCAGUCCCACUCAGUACCACUAUUUUCAUAUUGCCAUAGGUUCCUUUUAGGUUUAAUUACGCAAGUUGCAACAACAACAGAAUCAAUAAGUCUUGCCAAAACUUAACGCGGUUUUUGUUCAGUCUAAGUCUAGGUUAAUUAAGGGUCAAGGGUUCAGGAAACGAGAGCCCCACCCCCAGAAUGCAUUCCAAAUGUGCCUUACCAAACGGGUGACGAGAGGAUUCCCAGCUAGAACCUCCGUCCCCCAACAAACUUAGUUGUAGUUCCCUAC